GGGGAGCGCGGCCUGUACCGGGAGCGGCGGUUCCGCGUGCCCCGGUGAGACCCCCAGCCCCCCUCCCGCAGGUCCCGGUGCGGCCGAUGCGGCGCCAUGAGCGAUCGGGCUGCGCGGGGCCGGCGCUACAACUGCCUGAGCCUCAGUGAGAGCUACCGGGGGCGGCCGCUCGAGCCCCCCCGCGCCGCCGGCGCCCCCCGCCAUGGGCUGCAGAGCCUGGGCAAGGUGCCCACCCGGCGCAUGCCCCCCCCCGCGCACCUGCCGAGCCUGAAGGCCGAGAACAAAGGCAACGACCCCAACGUGGCCCUGGUGCCCCGCGACGGCUCGGGAUGGGCCAGCCGCAGCGACCCCCCCGACCCCCGCAGGUGGGGAGACCCCCGGGCCGCAGCGACCCCCCCCCGACCCCCGCAGUUCCGAGCCCUCCGCCCCUCCCCCGCCGCAGUCGCCGUCACCGCCGGAUUCGCAGCCGCCUGCGAGCGGCACCGGGGGGACUCGGACCCCGGGGACCCCCGAGAACCCCCCCCCCGCCGCCAAGCGCGGCAAAGUCCUGGGCGCAGGCCAGCGGUUCCCCCGCCGAUGGUGCCAGAGCCCCCCCCCCUCCCGGGCCGGUUCUCGCGGGAGGAGUUCCCCAGUUUGGGGGCGGCCGCCGAGCGGGGGAGGGGCGGCCGCGAGCGGGGGGGCGCUGCCGACGCGUCGGGUGGGCGCGCACCGAGCCCCCGCCCCCACGGUGGCAGCUGGCGGGAGGGGCGCGGGGCCGAGGAGCCGCCGGCCGAGGGGGGGGGAGCCCCCCCCGGGCCCCCCCACUUCCCCCCGUACCGGGGGGUGAUGCCGCCCUUCAUGUACCCCCCGUACCUGCCCUUCCCCCCGCCCUACGGGCCCUUCCGCGGCCCCGACGCACAGAGGUUCCCGCGGCCGGGGGGUCCCCGGGGGGCUGCGGGCCCCCCUCGGGGGGGGUCUCCGCCCUCGCGCCCCCCCGUGCUGCGCCAGGACGAGCUGCGGGAGUUCGAUGAGCUGGACCAGGAGAACGACGAGGGCUGGGCAGGAGCCCACGAGGAGGUGGAUUACAGCGAGAAGCUCAAGUUCAGCGACGAGGAGGACGGGCGGGAGGAAGAUGAGGAGGAUGAGGGGAAGGAGAACGAGCCCCCGGCCCCCGCCGAGGCUCCGCCCCCCCCGAAGGAGGAGCCGCCCCCCAAAGCCCCCCCGGAGGGGCCCAAGGAGGCUCCGCCCACUCCGGCCCCGCCCGCCCGGGCCCCGCCCCCGCCGCCCCCGCCCAACCGCGGCAGCUGGGCCACGCCCAACGAGCUCCCGGACGAGGACGAGGCGUGGCGCCGCCGCCGCCGGCAGAGCUGCGCCGAGCUGUCGCAGGCCGUGGCGCGGGCGCGGCGCCGCCGCGAGGCCGAGGAGCGCCGCAUGGCCGAGCAGCGCCGCGCCGCCUGCGCCGAGAAGCUCAAGCGCCUGGACGAGCGCUUCGGGGCCCCCCCCGAGCGCCGCCCCCUCCCCAGCGCCGCGGGGACCCCCCCGGGACCCCCCCCGGGCGGCGCCGAUGGCCCCCCGGGACCCCCGCCCGAGCCGCCGCCGCCGCCGCCCCCCGAGGCCGCCCCGGAGCCGGAGCCGCGGGAGGAGCCCGAGAGCAGCGGGGGAGCGCCCGGGGCUGCCGAGCCCCCGGCCCUGGAGGUGCCCCCCGAGCCCCCCGAGGAGCCGCCCCCGGCCCCCCCGGCCCAGCCCCCCAAGGGGGACCCCAAGGGCGAGGGGGGGGCGGCCCCCCCCCGGCAGCCCCCUCCCCCGGCCCAGCCCCCCCAGUACCCCAAGUACCAGAAGUCGCUGCCCCCCCGGUUCCAGCGGCAGCAGCAGGAGCAGCUCCUCAAGCAGCAGCAGCAGCAGUGGCAGCAGCAGCAGCAGCAGCACGGGCCCCCCCCGACCCCCCCCCGGCGCAGCCCCCUCCCCAGCUCUGGGGGCUCUGGGGGCGGGGGUGCCCCCCCCCGGCGCCGCCCCCCCCGGCCCCCCCCCGGGCCCCCCAAGCUUUUCGGGGCGCUGGGGAGACCCCCGGCCCUGCCCCAGCUGGGCUUCGACCCCCGCUGGGUGAUGCUGCCCCCCUACGUGGACCCCCGGCUGCUGCCCCCCCGCGCCCCCCACGUCGACUUCUACCCCCCCGGCGUGCACCCCUCAGGGCUGCUGCCCCGGGAGCGCUCGGACAGCGGGGGCUCGGGCUCGGAGCCCUUUGAGCGCCCCUGCCCGCCGCCCCCCCUGCGGGAGCGCGGGACCCCCCCGGGGGACCCCCCAAAACCCUCCUGGGGGGGCGACGCCUUCGCAGCCCCCCCCGAGCCACGGGGGCUGCCCCCGGCCCUGCGCCCCCCGCCCGGCGACGACGACAAGGGGCUGCGGAGUGAGACCCCCCCCGUGCGCCUGCGGGACCCCGGGGCGCCCCCCCCCCCUUACGCCUACGCCCCCUUCGAGAACGGGGGAGGGGGCGCCCCCCUGCCCCGCUUCCCGCCCCCCCCUCCCGCCGAGGACCCCCCCCACACACCCCCCCCCCGGCCCUGGCCGCCGCCCCCCGCCCGCCCCCCCCCUUCAAGGAGCCCCCCCCCGCCAAGAAAGCGCCCCCUCCCCAAAAAGCCCCCAAGGACGAGGGGGGGGGCGGCGCUGGGGGGGCCCCCCCAAAAGGAGGAGGGGGGAGGGGCCCCGCGCCGCCCCCCCCGCGCCCCCCCCGACCCGCACAAGCCCCCCCGCGGCGGGGGGGGGGGGAGGGGCGCGCACCGAGACCCGCUGGGGACCCCGGCCCGGGGGCCCCCCCCGCCGCGCCCCCCCCCCCCGACCACCACCGAGGACCCCCCCGAGAAGGCGCCGCCCCCCCCGCGGCGCGCGGGGCCCAUCAAGAAGCCCCCUCCCCAAAAAGAGGAGGGGGGAGGGGCGGCGGCGGGCGAGGAGCCCCCCCCCGCCAAGGAGUCCCCGAAGCCCCCCAAGGCCAAGGCCGCCCCCUCCCCCAGCUCCCCCCGAGACCCCGGCGCGCCCCCGGGGGGGGCCGGGGGGGGGGUCCCCGUCCCGCCGCCGCCCCCGCGACCCCGCCCUGGAGCGGGGGGGGAGGGGGCGGCGCCCCGCGGGGGGGGCGGCCGCGGGGGGGGGCGCGGCGAGUUCUUCGCCCGGGGCCGGGGGUUCCGGGGGUCCUACGGGGGGCGCGGCCGGGGGGGGCGGGGGGGGCCGCGGGGGGAGGGGCCCGCGGCCGCGCCCCCCCCCUCCUCCCGCGAGUUCCGCGGCUUCCGCGGCCCCCUCCGGUGGGGGAGGGGGAGGGGGCUCGGCCGCCGCCCCUCCCCCCGCCCCCUCGGCGGGCCCCCCGCGGGGCCCCCCCCCGCGCCCCCCGGCUCCGAGCCCCGCAGCGAGGGCUCCGAGUACGAGGAGGAGCCCCCCCGGCGGCGCCAGCGCGGCUCCGAGAGCUCCGACACGGGGGGGGGCGGCAGCCAGACCCCCCCCCCCGCCCCUCCCCCCCCCCGCUGCAGCAGCAGCAGCAGCAGCCCCCUCCCCCCGGCCGCUCAGGCGCAGCCCCCCCCGUGCCGGGGGGGGGGUCGGGCUCGGAGCGCCCCCCCCCGGCGGCGGCGGCACGGGCGGGGGCAGCAGCAGGACAAACCCCCCCGGUUCCGCCGCCUGCGCCAGGAGCCCCCCCCCGGGCCCCCCCCGCGGCGGCGCAGCUUCUCCAGCCAGCGCCGCUCCGGGGGGGGGCCCGCGGGGGGGCCGCCCCCCUCCCCAAAACUCCCCCCAGAGCGGGGGGGGCGGCGGGCGAGGCGGGGGGGGGCCGCGGGGGGAGGGGCGGCGACAAGAGGGGGGUGGCCCUCGCCCCGGAACCGCAGCCGUAACACCGAGGAGCCCCCGGCCCCCCCCGGCCCCCCCGGCUCGGGCGCCCCCCCCCCGGGGCUGGCGCUGCCCCCGCCCCCCCCCUCGGCCGUGUUCCGCCUGGACCGGGUGGUCCCGAGCGACCCCGGGGGGAUCCGCAGGGCCCUGGCCCAGCUGCGCCCCAAGGGGGGGGCGGGGGGCGCCGCCACCCCGGGGGCGCCGCCACCCCCCCCUCGGCCCCGGGGCUGCCCCCCCCCCGCAGAGCCCCACCCCCAUUAA